GUUCUCCCAGAUGGUUCAGGACAAGCCCCUGCGCACAUCCUGGCAGCGCAAGAUGAAGGAGCGGCAGGAGCGCAAGCUGGCCAGGGACUUCGCCCGGCACCUGGAGGAAGAGAAGGCACGGCGCCGGCAGGAGAAGAAGCAGCGCCGGGCUGAGAACCUGCGCCGCCGCCUGGAGAACGAGCGGAAGGCCGAGGUGGUGCAGGUGAUCCGUAACCCCGCCAAGCUCAAGCGGGCAAAGAAGAAGCAGCUGCGCUCCAUUCAGAAGCGGGACACCCUGGCCCUGCUGCAGAAGCAGCCACCCCGGCAGGGGACAGCCGAGGCCUGAGCACAGGACACCCUGGCUCUGCGGACACAGCCUACUUGGGCCGGCCAGCAGGCGCCUCUGCCAGAACCAGAACUCAGCCCCACAGGCUCCUGCUCUGCAGGGUCGGAGACAGAGCUGCCAGGGACGAGGCUGGGAGGGUUAGCUCACCCCUCCCUCCCUUCCCCCAAGUGCCUUCCGCCCCAGGACAGUGACUGGUGACCCCCAUGUUCCCAGGCCUGAGCCAGCGUCAGGGUCCUAGCCCAGGCCCGCCGGAAGACAGCCCCACUGGCGGCUUCCCCCAGGAAUCCGGCUGCUCCCUCCUGGCGCGAAAGGCUUAGAGCGGGAGGGUGUGGGGAGCGGGUUCUCUGCGCCCUUUCCCACGCGGCUCUGCGGAAUCCGAGGGGCAGAGGCCACGCCCCGGGCUGCAGGAGGUGUUUAUUGAGAGCCCGGGGGGCAGGUGUGAGUGGCACCAGGCGGUGCUGGCUUCAGACCCGUGUCCCGGCCCUCAGGGCUCCUCCUCCCGUGGAGAAGACGCAAUAAACACGUGGCCCUCAUGCUGUGUGGGGGACAGACACCUGCCCCAGACAGUGCCGGGGGGCACCGUGCCCGC